GGCCGCAGUCCGUGGAGCGGCGGCGACAGCGGGUGCGGGAGCUGGAGCGGGAGCUCGCCCAGAAGAGGAGUCGGGUCUCGGGGGCCGGCGACGGAGGGGGCGGCCGGGCCCGCAUCGAGAAGAUGAGCUCCGAGGUGGUGGAUUCCAACCCCUACAGCCGCCUGAUGGCAUUGAAACGAAUGGGAAUCGUAAACGACUAUGAGAAAAUUCGUAGCUUUGCUGUAGCAAUAGUAGGUGUUGGUGGAGUUGGUAGUGUGACUGCUGAAAUGCUUACAAGAUGUGGCAUUGGUAAGUUGCUACUCUUUGACUAUGACAAGGUGGAAUUGGCCAAUAUGAAUAGGCUUUUCUUCCAACCUCAUCAAGCAGGAUUAAGUAAAGUUCAGGCGGCAGAACACACUUUGAGGAACAUCAACCCUGAUGUUCUUUUUGAAGUACACAACUACAAUAUAACCACAGUGGAAAAUUUUCAACAUUUCAUCAAUAGAAUAAGUAAUGGUGGUUUAGAAGAAGGAAAACCUGUUGAUCUAGUUCUUAGCUGUGUGGACAAUUUUGAAGCUCGAAUGACAAUAAAUACAGCUUGUAAUGAACUUGGACAAACAUGGAUGGAAUCUGGUGUCAGUGAAAACGCAGUUUCAGGGCAUAUACAGCUCAUAAUUCCUGGAGAAUCUGCUUGUUUUGCGUGUGCUCCACCACUUGUAGUUGCUGCAAAUAUUGAUGAAAAGACUUUGAAACGAGAAGGUGUUUGUGCAGCCAGUCUUCCUACCACUAUGGGAGUGGUUGCUGGGAUCUUGGUACAAAAUGUAUUAAAGUUUCUGUUAAAUUUUGGAAACGUUAGUUUUUACCUUGGAUACAAUGCAAUGCAGGAUUUUUUUCCUACUAUGUCCAUGAAACCAAAUCCUCAGUGUGAUGACAAAAACUGCAGGAAGCAGCAGGAAGAAUAUAAGAAAAAGGUUGCAGUAUUGCCCAAACAGGAGGCUGUACAAGAGGAGGAAGAUAUAAUACAUGAAGACAAUGAGUGGGGUAUUGAGCUGGUAUCUGAGGUUUCAGAAGAGGAGCUGAAAAAUUCUUCGGGUCCAGUUCCUGACUUACCUGAAGGAAUUACAGUGGCAUAUACAAUCCCAAAAAAGCAAGAAGAUUCUAUACCUGAAGUAACAGUGGAAGAUUCUGGUGAAACUUUGGAAGACCUCAUGGCCAAAAUGAAGAAUAUAUAGAUGGUGGACUGACGUGUCUUUUAUUUCCUGUGUUAAAACCGAUUUCCUUGAAAUUAAUUUUUUUUAACUGAUAAAACUUAAAACAACAUUAACUGGUAUUUUAUCUUCAUUGUUGGUAAUACUUCUGGAAAAUACUGGGACUGCUUAUUCCUCCUCACCCCCUACUAAAUCAGUAACUUUUCUAAAAUGUAUGCUUCAUUCUAGUAAGAAAAUGUAAAAGGGCUAUUGUAGGCCAUUAUAAACUUUGUCACAAACAUCGCCACCGAAAUGUUUUUGCCUUUUGGACUAGGGGAGGGACCAAUCUGAUUCCCUCAUGGUCUGUUGCCUGAGGAUGUGGACAGUACAGUAGUAUGUGAGCCUACAAUAUGAGGAGGACAAGAGGUCAGACCUAGAGAUGAGAGCU